GCUUCAACAACCAUCUAUCGCACUGACUUCACCUCCACCACCUCCACCACCCUCGAUAUCCCAAUACCUCUCCCGCCAAGAUGUUCUUCUUCGGCCUAGGGAAACUCGUCUACGUCAUCAUCCUCUUCAUCAACUCCCUUGCCAUCCUCUCCGAGGACCGUUUCCUCGCCAGAAUCGGCUGGGGCCGCAUGCAAGCCGAUCCCGCCUUCGGCGCAACCUACGACAACACCAGCGUUAAGGCCAAGACCAUCAAUCUGAUCGCCAGUGUGCGGACCGUAAUGCGAAUACCCUUAAUCGUGAUCAACACCAUCGUCAUCAUCUACGAGCUUAUCCUGGGGUAACCCCCGCGCGGAGAUCCGAACGUCUGUUUUUCCUGUCGCGCCCGAUCUAGUUUUCCCUUCCAUCCUAAACUCGAUCACGGGGUUUCGACUUUUUUUUAUGUAUAACCCUUUGUUUACAUAUACUUAUACUGCUUCGUCAGCGAAAUCUAUGAGGUGUUUUUAUUUGUGCUGGUUUCAGG